AUGUCUGAUUCAUAUCUAUUCAACAUUAAGGAUGAAACCGAAGAAUUGAGCUCUUAUCUGAGAAAAAUCAAAGCCCCAAAGUUUUUUCAAAAAUUAUUAUGAGCCCUGUUCGAGCUUUACCGUAUUUCUUACUAUAAUCAAAAUCCAAGAGAAAAAUCUGAAUUUUUCCAAAAGUCAAAAUUUAUAGUAAUUAAUUUGAUUUUUUGUUUUCAAACAAUCAGUUUACUAUGAAUUCCAGACUUAUCUAUUACAAACUGGAAAGAAAAUUUAAGGUUUUGGCAAUAUCUAGGCUAUUUAAGAAUUGAUAAUUGAUGUGCUGCUUUAGGAGUAAUGGAUUACUGUAUUUAUAUUUCGAUUAUUAUAGUUCUAGUAAAUACCGCAUAUCUUUUGAUUUUAGUGCUUCUAGUAUAGUAAUUUUUAUUAGCUUGAGAACCAAAAAAUACUAUGUAAGUAAGUUUAGCUCUGAUUUAAAAAUAUAUAUAUUUCUCCAUAAAAAUUACAAGAAUAUUUUUGGCAAUUUUCAAAAAGAUAAAUUUCAUUUGGCUUCAUUUUUUCCAAAUUCCAAUUAUUACUUUACUGAUUUUAAUAUUGAAAUAUCGAAUUUUCCCUGAAAAAUAUGUUUCAGAAUAUAGCAAUAGUUAUGAGCAAGGUAAUUUUCAAGCAAAUUUUAUUGCUUCAAUCUUUGCUCUGCCUCUAUUGGCUUUGUCUUUUGUUUUUGGAUUGUUUGAUGCUGGGUUUACCGGAGAAAUAAGACAUUCAAUUGCUUAUAAAGACUUUAAAUCAAAAGCACACUCAAAAAUAGACUGUUAUUCAGUCUUAUUUUCUUUUAUUUUGUCAAUUUUAUAUGCUAUUAUGGCUUUACACAAAACUAUUUAUUUUCAAAUUAUUGUCAUGAUCUACUCUGCAAUUAUGCUAAUUGAGUCAAUUAAAUACUUCCCAUACUUCUCGCUAUUUGCUAAUUGUGUGAUUAUAGUUCGUUAUUGAAUUAUUACAGCUAUAUCAUUCUUAUUCUUAUUUGGGGAAAUGCUAGAUAAGUCUAUGGUAAUUGUGAUGCUAACAAUCACAAUCGUUCCCUUAUCAAGUUUAAUUCUAAUUCAUGCAAUUAUUAAUUUCAAAAUGAAAACAGCACAGAAGUUACCUACGAAUAUUAAGCUAUUAAAAAAUGCAUAUGAGUUGGAAAUCAAUCUGAGAUAUUUUUUAUGCUUGGAUCCUACAGAAAUUAAUGAAACACUAAUAUAGUUUGGGCUCAUUAUUAGCGUGCCUCAGAGCUGGCUUGGAGCAAACUAAGCUCAUUGGAUUUUCUGCCGCAUUCUGAUGAGCCAAUCUCGAUUUGGUAAAAUCAAACCAUUGUGGCUAUAUUUGCCUUUCAUAGUAAGGCAGAAAAUCUAACAGGCUCUAUUUCUGUUUCUUUUGAGCUCUGAGGGCAUGCUAGUAGCGUACAUAAGUUAUAAAUAUUUUCUCUAAAUGCUAUCUAGAAACAAAGCUUUAUAGAAAUAAGCUACUGGCAGUAUGAGAAGCCAAUUAUUGCACAUUUUCUUUGAACGACGAGAUUUUAGGAAAAAUCAAGCUGGGAAAGGCUAAAAUGUCUGAUUUCGAUUUGGAAGGCUCCUAUCAAGAAUAUGUUUGCUCAAAAGCAUAUUUAGGAUAUAAUAUAGAUGAAAAUGCAAAGUUUUUGCAUUAUAUUCAUAAAAUCCAAGUAACAAAAGCAGCUGAUGAAAGCUUAUGCAUGGUCUUGAAAUCAUUCUGAAGGGAAUUAGUUUCUACUAAGCCAGAGCUUAAAAAAUUGAAUAAUAUGAUGAGAUCUAUCUCAAAAAAUUUGAAACUUCUUCAUAUUGAGUAUACAUUUCUUAUAAAUAAUUACCCAAAAAGCAAAGAAACUCUAUUGCUAUAUUCAACCUUGCUCCAAAGCAUUAUCCUGGACUUUGAUAAAGCAAUGAUUCUCAAUAAUAAAAGAAAUUCAUUGGAAAAAUCAUUAGAAAUAUCCCUAAAAGACCAAAAACGGCUAAACUUUUUUGAUGACAAUAAUGGAAUCAUUUUAGCUUCCUGAGAAAAAAAUACCCUUGGAAAAAUUCAAUAUGCAAAUCAAAAAGCAGCUGCUAUUCUUAAGCAGUCUUCUGAUACAAUUAUCGGAAAUAGCAUUUCAAUGUAUAUUCCUCCGCCAUUAGAUAAAGAUUUUAAUGAAAGCAUGUACAAAUACCUACAUCAUUGCUCUAAAUCAGAAUUGAAACUUCCUUCUAGCAUUUGUUUACAAUUAUCAAAUAGAAAUAUUGUAGAAUGCAAUGUUCGUGCUUCUAUAACCUCUUUAUCUGAUUUGUCUACUCUUGUGAUUAUAUUUCGAGAAAGGCCUGUGGAUCAUCAAGUUGCUUUACUUUCAGAAUCAGGCGAAAUUGUGGCGCACUCACGUCUUUUUACAAAGCUUGCAGGAAAAAGAAUGAGCAGCUUACAAGGCGUCGAACUCUCUGCACUCUUUCCUGUCUUAAAGAAAAUGGUUUUGCUCCCUUUUAUACCAUAUAAACUAAGCAAUAUAGAAACGGAAACGUAUUUAGUAUUGUGCUACAAGGUUAUAAACUCAAUCAGAAUAAAUUAUGUUGUUUUGGUAAAUGACCCUAUUGAAAUUGAAAAGUGAAAACACAGAGACACAGAAGAAAUUCAAGAAUCUGAUCAAAUUGAAGACUAUGAAUUAGACACCCCACCUUUAUUAAGAAUAAGUAGCUCAAUAAAAACUGACAACCGCUCUGAUUAUUUCAGAAAUGUCUUUUUUCAACUAAGCUAGCGCUAUUUUUGUAAAUAUUAAAGCCAUUUUUUUCUAUAAAAUAAAUUUGGCAAGCAAUAAAUUGCGCAUAUUUUAGGCUAUCCAAUAUAAAUCAACUCGAGAAACCUUAAGACUAAAAUCAUUAUCAAGAAACGAUAUUACACAGACUGGAGAAACAACUGAAUUUACUGAGAAUCUCAACACAGAAAAAAAUGAAGAUAUUCUUUCAAAUGUUUGCUCUCAAAGCUCAAUAAUUUUUACUAAUUCAAAGGUCCUAAAAAGUCUUAUGGAAAAGACUGUUAAAUCAUUGAAAAUUUUCCAGAUUAUUUUAAUUAUCUCUAUGCUUGUUGUUUUAUUGACUAAUGGAGCAGUUUUAUUUUAUGCAGUGGACGAAGUAAAUUCUUCAAGUAGUUUACUCCCCCAUCUGUGAGCGAGCAAAACCAUUGGAAAAUCCCUAUUUUUGCCCAAAAAAAACUCCGUGAGAGAACAAAAAUUUGAUAUAUAAGUACAAUUUUUGUAUAUUGGGGAUAUUUUUAAAUUUCGAAAAAAAAUGUACUAUAAAUUUAUAUAUAAAUUUUUUAAAAAAAAAAUUAAGAAACAAACAAAUUUUUUUGUUCGCUCACUGGGGGAGUUAGAGGUCCAAAAUACAUUAGGGAAUAUUGCAAAAUCCUUUCUUUCUGUUUCUCAUUUUGCAAGAAUAAUUUUUUUUGCAAGAGAUUCUGCGAGUAAAGAACUUUUUAAUGAAUUUUUAAAUGGCUUUUAUGGUGAAAUGAAAAAUUUGAAAAAUAUCCAUCAAGACAUUUUAGCGAAUCUAUCAAGCUGAACUCAAUGCUCAGCUCAAAAAAUAUUUUCUAGGUCUGAAGUUGAUUUAUGAAAAAUUGAUAACGAUAAAAUUGUUUUAGACAAAACGAACCUUGUAUCUGCUUUGGAAGAAUUUAUAACAAAAAAUUUUACUUAUAAUGCUUUAGGUCCGCUACGAAGUUUCCUUCCACCGGGCUUUCAUCUUCCUUGCACAUUUCAGGCCUAUAUGCGACCAGAAAAACAAGCAUUGACCACCACAGCACGCUUGGGGGCGAUGUUGCUGAUUUCACCAGCUUAUGAAAAGAGCUAUUAGUCUGCCAUAAAGAAAUGCCUUUUUAAAACAUCCAAAAAGUUGAUCUUCUGAUGACUUUCUGUAUAAAGGAAAACUUAAAACCUAGGGCCUAGCUCCUGAUUUCAAGCUGAAGAGUUGCCCAAUUAGAAAUUGGUAUCUAUACGAUCAUAGGAUUUACCCUUUCAAACUCCAUUCUUCACAUUCCCCAUAAGGUAAAAUCAAACUUGGAAAAAGGACUCGGGCUAGCUUCACUUACUGCUAGAAUUGCUUGUCUAGCAUAAAUGCUCAUUUUUGGCGAAAAAAGCCUACAGGAGACGUUCUCAGUUGCAUUGUCUUCCGGCCAUGCCCUGGCUGAGACACCACAUUUAAUUGUAUAGAAGAUUUAUAAUAAAUGUAUAUAUUAUGUAGGGAAACGAUUUUAUCAAUAAAUAUAACAGCAACAAAACUGUGUAUGAAGAAAUCACAUUUUUUACCUUAAAUGGUUACGGAAGGACAUUUGAAUAUUGCAAUGCUUCAUUAUAUGAUUUAGUAGAUUGCCAAAUAAAUCAUGUUGACAACUUAUCAGGUGACAUCAAUACGCUUUUAAUUGCGGGUUUUGCAAUUCUUUGCAUUUGCGUUGGAGUUAUGAUUAUUUUUUAUUUAGCAGCUGACAUUAUGAAAAAUACUUUUUGAAAUCACAUAAAAAGUCAAGCCUACGAAUUUUAUUAUGAUCUCAAACAAUCUUGUCUAGAUCGACUUAUAAGUAUUCAUGGGCAAACAGAUAAUAAUUCAGAUGCUAUAAGUGGACGGACAAGCAAAAAUGGCGAUUUUAAGGAUCGCUGAAUCUAUAGUUGAAGAGUCAUUGUUUAUUUUCUAUUUUCUUUAUUUUUCUUCUUAUUGGAAUAUACUUACUUAUACCAAAACUGUGCUUAUUUGUUGAAACUAAGGCCAGAGUUUAUGAGAGAGUUGAUAGAUAUUCAGUUACAAUAUAAAAGCUUGUCCAUUUGGUCUGGCGAAACUUUAGCAAGAUAUUCACCAGCUUCUUUAAGUGCAUUAACACCUCAGCAAUACUUAUUCAGUGACUAUUAUUAUUAUUAUUUAGACGGUUAUCGCCCUUCUACAGGACCAAUAGUUUUCAAAUUCAUUUUUCUUUUUUCUUCCUCUUCAGCUCCAACUAUUUCCAUUUUCACCAAUAUAUUCCUUGUUUUUUGUUUCACCCAUCUCCAACUUCCUUCAAUUUAGUAUAUCAGUUUCUCUUAAUUUCAAUAUUUCCUGCUUCACUGUAGUGCUUUUUUCUAAAUUCCAGUUUAUAAACUUUUUAAUUUUUUUCUUCGCAUGUCUCGAAAUUAUGCAGAUGUAGGUUCACUUAUUUCUAGUGCAGUUUAUCAUGUUCUGAGUUUCUUUCUUGCAUUUGAAUGAAAAACUUUCAAGGUGUUUAAAUUCUUCGCCUUCUUCCAUUUUUAAUUUUUCGCGGUUAAUGGAGUGUGCUGGUUUCCUUAUUUUCCCGCCAGUCUUGGCCUCAACAUUUCUUAUGCUAUCACCAUCACAACUUGCUUUUUCCGUUUUGAUCACGCUGCAUAGUUCCUCUCCAGCUUCGUCUAAACCAUAUAAUGCUCCAAUUAUAAUUUCUUUUUCGUCUAUUUUAUGCUCAACUUGAAUCAGUUCUGUUUCCCCCAAUAAGAUCCCUUCACAUCUUGCUAGAUCUGUCACAAUCAGUUCUUUAUAAAAAUGCUCCUCAAUCAUUAGCUCAUCGUUCGUCUCCUCAACGUUUUCAAAUUCAUAAAUUGUAAUAUUCAUCAUCGAAAAAUUCUUCAGCGUCCAUAACAUAAUUUUCUCUGUAGUUGCCAAGAUACUCAUAGUCUUCCCCUUCGUCUGACCAGGCUUCAUUAGGACCAAAUGGGUUUAAAUAAGCCAUCUUUUAAAAAGUAUUCAGUGACUAUAAUAUUAUUAUUAACAGAGAAAUAUCAAAAAUAAACUGCUCAAAACAGCUAAUAAGGAAAAAUAAAUAUUUGGAUUUUUUAUCUUCAGAUUUUCUUGUGCAGUUUUAUGAAACAUUAAGCCUCUCAAAUCCUAUAUUGUCUUAUGGAACCUAUGCAGCAGGAAAUUUAGUUAUUUUUGAGACUUAUUAUCUAGAUUAUUCUGGAGAUCUUGAUGCGUUUAAUAUAUUUAUUAAUUUGAUGCUGACUUUAGAAGAUAUUAAUAAUGAGCAUGAUACUUUAAUUAGCUUAGCUGAUCAAGAAUCUUACGACAGCAUACAAAAUGAGGUAAGAAUGAUUAUUAUUGCUUUAGUUUUUUAUGCAUUGGGGUCAGUUUUCCUUUAUGCUGGAUUUUAUGUUCCUUUUUUGAAAGGAGAACGAAAAAAAAUGAAUAAAAUGCAAAAAAUUUCAAACAUGAUUCCAGGGAAAAUUGUAAGUAAACCAUCUGAACCAGAUAAUCAGCUGUUAAAAGGAAAUAAAUUACACAUUUAA